AUGGCGGUUUCUAUUCCCGAUAUCGAACAGCAGAUAGCCGAUUUGGAAGCUGAGCUGAGCCAAGUCGCGAGCCUAUUGGAAGUGUCUGUUGAUUCGGUUCAGUACGUGGAUUUAGAUGAACCUAUUGAUAGCAAGGGGAAACGGCGGAAGACCACCUCUCCUACUAAGGGACAAGACUUGGAAUCACUGAUCAAUACCGAACUCUCACCGGCUUCUACCUCUUCCAUAUCUACUGCCAUCGACACUUGUUGGGAUCCAUCACUAUCACUAAUAUCACCACCUAAGCAUCCGGAUUUCUCUACUUCUCAAGCUUUUGCCGAGCUCACUCAACUCGGGCCUGUCCUCUCGACAGAGGCGGCAGAAAAGCUAUUACAAGCAUCGAUCUCGCGUGUGCCAGACUUUGACGGUCCCGGGCUGGCAGCGCUGAUGGUCAUCGCGGAAAGGAAUAAGUCUACAUUGGUGGCGAAUCCCAAGUUGCUAUCAGAAAUUGCAGCUGUAGUUGUUGCACAAAUCAUCACAUUGGGACCACUCCUACGGCCAGAGUUGAUAUCGACCAUAGCAGGAAGCUUUGCUAGCUUGGAAGGAGCGCUAGCGCAAGCGAACCCGUCCGCGACUCCGCUCGGGCCAACUCCCCAACGACCAGGCACUCCUGUAUCAUCGGCGCCUGUGAGCCCAACAGCUUCUGCUAGUUUAUUACAUACACCGACGUCUACUGCGUCCCUCACUACCGGGUUGACCUCUUCAGGAGGUCCGCUUGGAAACUCGUGGCGCAGCGGUCUUUCGAGGUGUCUGCUGGCUAAUCUGGAAGAUAUAGAGACAACAACACUAUGUCGAUGCUUGUACAGUUUGGUGGUCCAAAUAGCACCUCCUGCUAGUACCUCGACAGUUUCACCGAAGUUACCUGCUUCGCUCCGCCUGAUUUUGGACCAAGUCAGUCACACGUUGCCGAGUGCUAGGUUGGACGCUGGGUCCGCCUUGCUGAUGAUCAGCGUCUUCUCAACGCCUGCUGUGGAUGAUGUUAGCUGCGCUGCUAAAAUGGCGAAGAAAAUGUGCGAGGCCCCGGAUUUGAACUCGGGUCGCUUGGAGGAGAUCGCGACUACUACCUGCUCGCACUGGAAGUUCAGCUAUGCUGCUCGACGGAGAAUUCUCCCUCUUAUAUGCAACCGAGUUGAAUCCUCGGAGUUUUCAUCGCCGAGACUGGUAGCAUUGCUAGCUGCCACCUGCGCUCCGCCUCACACAGCUAUGCCGGGUGGUCGGCAACACCCAAGCGGGGACGACCUGCAAGGGCUGGUCCAGAGCGCGUCCCUAUUGAGGCUUUGUGCUGGGCAUGCUGCUGAUGCUUUGGCGUCUGUGGGGGCUGCUGGUGUGCCAGGGGGCACUGCAUGGGUGGUAAAGGAUGUUAUAGAUGUUGCUAAUUAUGUGUCGGCUAGUUUGGAGUCUGAGAGUUGUCCAGAUAAGUUGUCGGGAAGUUUAUUCCUACAACACUUAGCUUCAUGGUUGGAGUCUAAUGUGGUGGUGCCAACUCAUGGUGUUCAUAGUGCUGCUAUGGCACCUGGCGGAGUCUAUGAUCAACUAUCGAGGGCUCGCUCGCUGUGGCAGAUAAUAAGGGCAGUAGCGUGUCUCCCGGAGGUAGAUCAGUCGCUUGUGACUGCUCUCGCGAAUAUGACAGAGAAGGCUGUGAAGAACUCGGCGGCGAGGCCAGCUGACACCCAGCAGCUUGCCAAGCAUUUAGCGAGGUUGCUCAUCAACCGAGCGAAGGCGUCUGGUGCGAUCACUGGACAGUGUAUAGCUACAGCAGGAGGGGGUUCGGUGAAUCUUUGGACGACCCUCACGGAUCGAAUCGUUAGGGGGCAAGGUCCGAUAUCAGUACCUGGUACGAUCAGGGCCUUGAUGGCGUUAGGGACUACUCAUGACUCAUUGGUCAGUAAGCGCCCUCUUACUAAGCUGGAAAAGGCAUCAGAUGUUGAGGAACUCGCUGAGGCCAUCGCACUGGCGACUGACCCUAGGUCUAAUACUUGUAAGAGACUUUUUGCUGAGAAGCGGGUGUUGUAUGAGACGGAUGCAAAGGCGAUAUUUGCAGUGUUGUCGGCGAGUGCUGUUACUGCGGCGGAGCAUGGCACGGGCAGCCCAGAGGCCACUGAUACUCCUGCAUUGAAUGUGCUCAAGAAGAGUAUGGAAGAGGCUUUAGGGAAGGAUAGGGGUGUGCCUCCUGGGAUACAGAGGGUCCGAGAGGCGAUGACUUUGUUGGGGUAUUCCUCCGAAUCGGUGACCUGUGAUUAUAUAGUCGACGGUGUGGUGAAAGCAGAUAUUGCUCUACCACAAUACAUGACCGCUAUCGUCGUCGAGCCCGAGGCACUAUUCAAUGUUCACUCUAAGCGUUAUCAGAAGACGGGAUGGACUGUCCUCAGAGCCAAGGCGUUACAGCAGAAGGGAUGGCAGGUGAUGGGACCAGUGGUACCCGAAUCAUUCCGUGCCGAAGAUGCUUCAGUGGAUUCUAAACAGCCAGGCAGUCUGGUGCAGUUCCUCAACGAACAGCUUAACGAUGUACCGUACGAUGCAGUAGUGACCAUUGAUGGAGACCAGGAUCGAGAGGAAUUGUCCAAGUCGGUGGGCAAUAUGAACCUUGGUGUUGGGAUUGGCACCAAGCUUAUGCCUGGCGGUCAAAGAAUGAAGAGUUUAAUCGUAACGAAUUGUAAAAUGCCUCUGGUGGCUAAGAUCCUCCUUACCACCUUACGGUUGGGGACGACAGUGGAUACCAUAACUCUGCGGAAUCUCGGCCUCACUGACAAUAUGACUGAUGUACUCUCUGAGUUCAUAAUGACAUAUGUGCUUCGGCAUCCUACACUAUCACUUGACUUGUCGGAUAAUCAUCUCACGGACGUCUGCGCCCAUCGUUUACUGACAGCAGUUUCUACGGGAGCUAGCGGAGCGAGAGUGAGCCUAUGGCUAGGAGGGAACUGUAUCAAGGAUGCAGAGAAGAUAGCAUCGUUUGACAGCGCAGGAGUGCAGGGCGGCAGUGAGAUUCUUGUAAAGGUGGAGGACAGUAUGGACGGCGCUAAUGGAGACCUCAUGUCAGAGUCGCGGAGUGUGGUAACUCUCUGUGGCGACUUGUACACGCAGCAGUCUUCCAUCGUCGGAGGCACUCAGCCGAGUGUUCCCUGA